CGCCGCUGAUGGAAAAGCAGGAGAUAGAAGCGAAACGGUGCCGUCGACGCCUAACGGACGAAUGACUCUGUCGCUCACUCUGUGCGGUCGGACCGGAGGCUUUGAUUGUAAAGUUACACUUGUUUCUCUUUUUUUCUUUGGCUCUUACUGCAAAAAAGAGAAGCACGGCUAUGCGUUUUCUUAAAAUUGCUGUUAUCAUUCACUCUUUCCACACUUCUUGAGUCACGUUUAAUAUUUUUUUUUCAGUUAACUGUGUGUUAACUGCGCACUUUUCAUUUUGAAAAAUCCUUUUUUGUUGUUGUUGUUUUCUGCCAAUUUAUAUGUUUACUUGAUCUGCGGUGUUUUUUUUUUUUUUUUUUUUUCCCCGCGUAGCCGUGCUGUUGAAAUAUUUGGACGUAAGUAGUUUACUUUGGAUUUCCUGCUGUGCGCGACGCUGGGGAUCCGGGAGGCAGAGCGCGCGCUCCAUGGGGGGUCCAGGGAAAAGGCGCGAGUUCCACCACAGCGGCAGAGGGAGACGCGCUCGUUGUAGAAGCUCGCCGAUGUGUCAGGCUGUGGAGUGCAGCUGAAAUUGUGCGGUUCAUACUUUUUGGUUAUUAUUAUUAUUAUUCUUAUUAUUAUUAUUGUUUUUUUUUUUUUUUUUUUUUUUUUUUUUUUUCUUUUUUUAAUGCGAUGGAUGAUCUUUUCCGUCCCGGGGACUUUGGCUCCGCGAACGACUCCUGGAGCAACUCGAGCGCCGCCAACACGUCCGCGGCGGGCGGCAACCGGAGCGCCGCGGCGCCGCUCAAGCGCAACGAGGAGGUGGCCAAGGUGGAGGUGACGGUGCUCGCCCUGGUGCUCGUGCUGGCGCUCGCGGGCAACCUGUGCGUCCUGCUGGCCAUACACAGGAGCAAGCACAGCCAGUCGCGGAUGUACUACUUCAUGAAGCACCUGAGCGUCGCCGACCUCGUGGUGGCCGUGUUCCAGGUGCUGCCGCAGCUCAUCUGGGACAUCACGUUCCGCUUCUACGGGCCCGACGUGCUGUGUCGCCUCGUCAAGUACGCGCAGGUGGUCGGCAUGUUCGCCUCCACCUACAUGCUCGUGCUCAUGUCCGUGGACAGGUGCCUGGCCAUUUGUCAGCCGCUGCGCGCGCUGCGUAAGACGAAGGACCGCGUGUACGUGCUCGCGACGUGGGCGCUCAGCUUGCUCUUCAGCCUGCCGCAGGUGCACAUCUUCUCGCUGAAGGAGGUCGAACCCGGGGUCUACGACUGCUGGGGGGACUUCGUGCAGCCGUGGGGGGCCAAGGCGUACGUGACGUGGAUCAGCUUCACCAUCUACAUCGUGCCCGUGGCCCUGCUGAGCAUCUGCUACGGCCUCAUCAGCUUCAAAAUAUGGCAGAACUUCAGGCUCAAGACCAUCACCAUGACUCGGACGCGCGAGCGGUGCAAGGACGCCGCCGGCGGCGGCGGGCGCGCGGCGCUGUCGCGCGUCAGCAGCGUGAAGCUCAUCUCCAAAGCCAAGAUCACCACGGUGAAGAUGACCUUCGUCAUAGUGCUCGCCUACGUCGUGUGCUGGACGCCCUUUUUCUUCGUGCAGAUGUGGUCAGCGUGGGAUCCUGCGGCGCCCAGGGAAGCAAUGCCCUUCAUCAUCUCCAUGCUGCUGGCCAGCCUCAACAGCUGCUGCAACCCCUGGAUCUACAUGUGCUUUGCAGGCCACCUGUUCCAGGACCUGCAGCAGCGCUUAACGUGCUGCUCCGCACGAUACCUGAAGUCCACCCGGUGCAGCUGCGAGCGCGACUCGAGCCGCCGGAGCAACUCCUCCACCUUCGUCAUCAAAAGCACCGGCAGCCAGAGGAGCAUCGCGCAGACCUCCGCCACGUGACCCUCGCCUUUUGCCGCAGGCCUCCGCGGCACGGAAACGGUCCCGCCCAGACGCUCCGCUCCACGAAGGUUGUCCUACGUUCUGCUGCUUACGGUCACGGACCGCCUUGUCCCGCAGCGCAGCGCAGCGCAGCGCAGCGCGACUUUUCUCUUCCCGGCGCGAAGGCUCCUGUCACAGUACUGCACUACUUUUAUAUGAUAUCUGGCAAAUGAGUUGUGCCCUUGUUUAAUCAAGUUACCGUCUACGUGUCCGUACAUUUGCAGUUUCUGUGUAGAUGUGAAAUCGGAUAUCGGAAGAAGUGCUUGUAUUGGCUCUGUUUGCGUGACGAGGUUUUUUCGGGUAAGAGGAAACCGGACCUUUGCUGUCACCUGCUGCGCCAGCAGGGGUGGAACGGACGGACGGACGGACGAACGAACAGGUUUUGCCCUCUGAUUUUGCGCUGUGCUCAGUUUUAGACAAGAUCCUCAGAGCAAAUCAUGUUCUGUUGACCCAGACGCUGUUCGCAUGUUGAACAGCUCUGCCUACAGGUGCUCAGGAGUGACUUUUCACAUGAACGUUAAUGUUCUGUUUCGCUCUCCGGAAGUUUCUUUCUCGCUUUGAGCUGUUCCACCGAUGUUGCUGAGCACUAUUGCGGCACUUCACGUACUUUCUAUAUGUGCACCUUUUCAAUUUUACAGUCUGUUGCAAGCAGGAAAAAGGAAGAGUGUAUUUUUAUUUAUUUAUCACCCCAUAGCAAACUCUGGCAUUUCAGCAUAUUUCUUAAGCUCCAAAGAUGGAUUUUGGUACUGAUAAAAAAAUAAAGAAAUAAAAAUGGAUUUAAUUGCAAAAA